AUUCGUCCGUCGCGUUGGAUCCUCCACCAGUCUUCCGUCUCUCACCUGAUCAGCUAAAGCACUGCUCCGAAGCGCUCGCAUUCCUCAAGAAGAAGGUCCAGAGUCCGAGCAUCAUAGCCCUUGAAUUCGAAGACCUUCAGAUAAUAAGCUGAUCUUCGGGGAUGGUUCAGUGGAGUAUUUGGUGAUCCACAUGCAAGUGGUGGUGGAGAUUGGUGAUGCUUCACUGAUUAGGAGUAUUUCGAUUGCAAAAUAUGGUGUGGCUGAUAAUGGUUAGGACAUCAAGUGUGCAUCUCGAAGGAUGAUUGGAGUACACAGAGAGCUAUUUCUUGGGCCCAUGCUUUUAUAAUGGUUACUUGUGUUUCAGAAUAGGCAAAAGACUAUAAGUUCGCUUCUGGGGAGACGUUUGAGAGGGGAGCCGGUAGUUUGAUGUGGAACCCUUAGUUAAUGCACAACCUUAAAAAUGACGAAAUUGCCAGUUUGUUGCAGAUGCCGAUUCCCUAAAUCGGGUCUAUAUCCCUCAGAGUGGAUAGGCAUAUUUGGGUUUUGGAGACGAUUCCCCGGGGAAGGAGAAGAUGAUUUGAGAAUAAAGUAUUAUGUUUUGACCUAUGCAGGGUUCGCUUGAUUGACCGGGACAUGAUUUGCUUAUCUGUGCACAUGGGAUGCCAUGCAUUGUGUGAUAUUGAGGAUUAGUUGGAUCUCCCACCACCAAAUCCAUGCUGACUAUGGACGAUCAAUUUUCCUGUUAAUAUAAAUGCAUUCAAAUAGUUGCUCUCAAUUACUGAGUGGUACUUUUCAGUUAACUCUUGACUUUGCCGGGGAGUAGAAGCCCUAACAGUAUGAUGUCUUUUUCCAAGACUUGGAAAGCUACAGUGCCAUACAAGGCCAAGAGGAUAAGAAAGAGUGAUGCGACACGAAGCUGCAGAGUGGCUCUUGAAAAUACCAAUUUGUAUAAAAAUCGCUUCACAGAUGUCUUACCAUUUGACAAUACUAGGAUUGUCCUCGACUCUACCAAGGAUGGCCAAUCUUCCGGCAGUGGCUAUAUCAAUGCAAGUUUGAUUAAGUCUGCCGCUGGAAGCCUUUCUCAGUAUAUAGCCACCCAAGGUCCAUUACCGUGUACAAUCGAGGACUUCUGGAAGAUGGUAAUCCAAUAUCAAUGCCCUGCAAUUGUGAUGCUUACGCGGCUGGUUGACAAUUACAAGGUGGUAAAAUGUGAUGAUUAUUUUCAAGCAGAGGAUGGACCUAGAGAAUUUGGAAAAAUAUUUCUCACCUGUAAGGGCAUGAAAACAACUGACACGUCAUUAGUUUUGCGCAAAUUGGAGGUGAAAUAUAAGGAGUCAGAGGAGCCGCCCAUGUCUGUUUUCCAUAUUCAGUAUCCUGAAUGGCCUGAUCAUGGAGUGCCUGAGGAUACUCUCGCUGUUCGAGAUAUUUUGAAAAGGAUAUAUCAUCUUCCACCUGAUCUUGGCCCUAUAGUUGUGCACUGCAGUGCAGGUAUUGGGAGGACUGGUGCAUUUUGUACAAUUCACCAUACAAUCCAAAGAAUCCUUACUGGAGACAUGUCAGCUUUAGAUCUUGUUAAUACGGUCACAGAUUUCAGAUCUCAGCGUAUCGGGAUGGUUCAAACUAUGGAUCAAUUCUUCUUUUGCUAUACCGCCGUUGUUGAUGAACUGGAAGAACUCAUUUCCAAGUCCAAUUGCUAGAGUUGGAGCUCAAAUCUGAAAGGGAGGAGCCAUUCAGCAAAGUGAAGUCGUUGAACAUUGAAUUCAUUGAAAUUGGAGAAAUCCCAUGGCGAAGUAUCUGAUGGCAUUUCAGACUCACAAGGAUUAGUUCUGAUUUUAUGGCCAUAUCAGAUCUCUCGUCAUACAAAUUUCAGUUUAGAGAAGACAAUUUGUUGAUGGAAAAUUCCGUGAUUUGUGAGGGUCUCUCUGUUGUUUCAUCCUGUUAGAUUUUGACGGGUGAAUGACAGUUGCCUAAAUGGGCACUGUCUUUUUAACAGAACACCCUUGUGAAUUUGUUAAUGACGCUAGGACAUGUUAAGCAAUCUUGUGAAUUUUCAUGACAUUUGAGGGGAUUAUAAUGCAAACUUUUUGCUGA